CUGGAAUCGAUUCCAUCCAUUCGUCACCGGCGUCCCGAGCUCCAGACACGGAGCGGCGGUCGUCAACACGGCGAGGAAUUCCUGCAUUGUGGAGGCGCGAUUAGACACACAGGUGAGAUUCUGCGAGGCUCGAGAUGGCAGCUCAAGUCGCGCUGCUGCUGCUGCUGCUGUCCGUGGUGCUGAACACCGUCAGCGCACAGGUGGCCAACGGUUACCAUGACGACGACGACCCAGACCCGUGCGCGCGGAACCCGUGCCGGAACGGCGGCGCGUGCUCGCGCGCGCACCCCCCCGCGCCCCUCCCCCCACACCCCUCAGCGCCCCUCCCCUCAGACCCCUCAGCGCCCCUCCCCUCACACCCCCCAGCGCCCCUCCCCUCAGACCCCCCAGCGCCCCUCCCCUCACACCCAGACGAACACCCUCCCGCCUAUCCGGAACAAACCCCAGAGGCGCGCCCCAUCGUACACCCCGACGCACACCCCACCGAGGAUGCGCAGCCUCCGCCCCUACACCCGGACGCACAGCCCCUGAAGGGACAGCCGCACGCGUCCGUGGCACCCCCCGCCUCGCAGCGCCCGGACCAACACCCGGACCAACACCCGGACCAACACCCGGACCAACACCCGGACCAACACCCGGACGAGCACGCGGACGAGCACGCGGACGAGCACACGGAGGCGCAGACGGAGCGACAUCCGCAGGCACCAGCCAGCCCCCCAGAGCGCGCGCGCGCCCCGGCCCCCUCCCUCCCCUCGAGCGCUCCUCCUCCCUCCCCCUCCUCCUCCUCCUCCCCCACCGCCCCAGCCCCGCCCCCCGUGUCCCCCCGGCGGGGGGGGUUGUUCGUGUGCGCGUGCGCGCCCGGUUUCCAUGGUCACGACUGCGCCGAGGAGGAGGAGAAGGAGGAGGGGGCUGAGAAGGGGGAGGCGAAGGAGGAGGAAAGGGGGGAGGAGGGGGAGGGGGCGGAGGAGGAGGGGGAGGCGAAGGAGGCGAAGAAGGAGGAAAGGGGGGAGGAGGGGGAGGAGGCGGAGGAGGAGGCGGAGGGGGCGGGUUGCCGAGUGGCGCCCUGCAGGAACGGCGCCUCCUGCACCGGCGCGGCCGGCGGCUUCGUGUGCCGCUGCGCUCCCGGCUUCGCUGGGCGACGAUGCGAAGCGCGUACCCCCCUUCGUGCUCUCCCACGCGAACGCUCCCCCAGCGCUUCGGUGUCAGAGCCGAGGGGCCUCGACCCCGAGUCCCGGCAACAGAAGCAGCCGCGGAUCGACGACGCGGUCCCCUUGGAGCUGCAGGCCCGCGUGCUCCCCCUGGCAGCCGCCGCGGGCGGCUCUGCGCUGCUGCUCGUUCUGCUGGUGGUGGCCGUGGGCGCGCGGCGUCUGGGGCGCAUCGGGGCUCACGCGGAGGAGUCUCAGCUGGCCGGGAUGGCGGCGAGGGGCACGGCGCCUCUCCACCGCCUGCGCGCCAUUCACCUGGGACGCGCACAGGCGGCGCUGAGACGGGCCAGGUUCGAUCGCCGCGCGUUCCAGGACGGAGGCGAUGACGACUCGACCCGCGACGACAAACCACUCGUGUGAACAGAACGAGAAUGGAACGCAGAGGGAACGGAACGAGCGCGGAACAAGUGCGGAACGGGCAUGGGGCGACACACACACGGCCCGUCGCCAGCGAGCGUGGAGUGCUAGAGAAUUCGUUUAACACGUAGCAGGCUUCCGCGACAAAUAUUAUUCAUAAUAACCGUUUUUGGGUUAGAUCGCGUUAUUUAUAAAUGUGUCGUAACCCUCCACCACCCGACACAGCCAAUCAGCAAAAAAGUGUCACGUUGACAAAAGACAAAUAGUUCACUGCUUUAGCCCACCGGUGUGUUGAAGCGUGAAACCACAACAUUUACAAUGUUUGAGAACGACGUGACACAUUUUUGCUGAUUGGCCAUGUCUGGUGGUGGAGGGUUGCGACACAUUUAUAGAUAACGCGAUCUAACCAAAAAACGUUUAUUAUGAAUAUGAUGCUAGAGAAUGAAUUGUACUGUCUAUUUGCACCUCGUCUCUCUCUCGUCCUUCGCUUCACCCGUGUCCAUCUCCUACUUCAACCAUCGAGUGCAAAGCCGACUCUCGGUUAUCCGGGGUAAUUGGGAGAGAGAGAGAGGGGGGGGGGUCAUGGGGGAGACAGAGGUCCGGAUUUAAAAAAUAACCGUGGACAAUUCACACCGUACGUAAAUGAGGCUAGGACCACGUGUUUACGACCACACGGGGCGCUGGUGCGAACACGGGGAAGCUGGUGGACGUCUGCUGUCAUUGAUGCUCAAAGCACCGGACCCCGUUUUACUUGCCGACGUGCAGCCACGCACACACGUACGGACCCUGGACGAGUGAGGAGCAGCUUAUACUCAUAAUAUCUAAACAGCUCACGCGUGUAGACAUACUCCGUUGACUCCCUACCCAGCCAUUAUUCAAUAAACUGGAAAAAUAAUCGGAUCGCGGAUAAUCGAGAGUUGGCUGUCGUUUGAAUGGACCUCAUCGUGUGUGAGUGCAAAUCGAGUGAUUUGACGUUUUCCAAAACUGAGAAUUCGAUCUGCUCUCAACAGCGACUGCUCGCACCAGCGUCUCCUGUGGUGUGAAGCAGCAUUGCAUGGACAACGGCUCUCAGCCUUAUCCAGACCACCAGCUUCAAAAGAACUGAGUGUGGCAAUUUUGUCGUUCUGCAUAAUAGAGGUUUUUGGGUUAGAUCGCGUAAAUAUAAAUAUGUCGUUAAACUCACCAACACCCGAUACAGCCAAUUAGAAAGGUUUGUCACCUAAACAAAACAUGCCAAUUCGUUACUAGUUCGGCACACCGGUUGUGUGUUGGAGAGUAAACCCACAACAACAUUUACCAUUCGAGUACGGUGACGUUUCGCCGGUAAUUACAACCAGCCUCAUCAGGUGACAGCCAGAGUUGUGGAGAAAUCCACCUCCUGUUUCGGUCUUGGACAGAGGAGGCAUAAAUGUGACGUCGUCACUUUUGAACCAAUCAGGUGCGAAGAUAAGAGGUGGCUACCAGUUUGUUUUACUUCUGUCCGAGUCCAGCUGUGCAACCAACGUUACACGCAAUGAACCGAUUCGAGGGGCGCGUAGAUUACAUGACGCUGUCCUCACAAUGCACCGACUGACGUCACACGCAAUGAACGCGUCAUUAGCUCCGCCCCUGGCCCUGCUUGGCUUCAAGCCAGAAUCUAUCUAUUGUUGUUGCGGUUGCACCCGAUUCAAGAGCCGAAUGGCUCACAGGGCUUUACCUAAUAAAUGAACUUUGAACUUUGAACUUGAACUGUUGUUAGGAUGCCAACAUUUUCAACCACUUUUUUGAGUCGGUGGUUCAAACCCCAAAAUGUAUAAUAUGGCCACACAUUCAGUUAUUUAGAGCGGGUGGUCUGGAUAAGGCUGAGAACUUCUACACAUGCAGCGCUACACACCCGUGUGUGUGUGUGGUUUAAUGUUUUUUUCCCCUGGCCAGUUGUGUUGGUGUUUUCUUGUCGUUUACGGAUGCGAAGUAGCUUCCUGCUUAGCGUUGUUUUGUGAUCGGACGGAAUUAGUGACACGUUCUCUGAUUUUACGAGUUCUUUUCACGGUAGCUUCCUGGUUCUUGCUGUCUGUGAUUGGUUGGAGUCCUUCACGCGUAAGAUUAGCCGCGGUUGGCUACGUGCGGUGCGAAAGAAGUCCAACAUAUACAGGACACACAUACGUAGAUCCCAUCUGCUAUAUCACGUGGUACGGUAGGGUCACGUAGCUCAAUGCUGUAUGGAUCAUCACAGCCCAUUGUACCUGUGGCGCACGACCACUGAUAUUAUACAUACGGGCAUAAUACCCCGGUUUACAGCGGGGGGGGGGGGGGUUACGUUCCAGAAAGAUGCGACGACGAUCAACGUAAAUCGAAGCCAUGUUUGUUCAACGAGCGCUAAACACAGACAGCGGAGGGUACGGUGACGCGCUGUGUGUUCGCGUCUUCAUCCUAGAGUGGUGACCUUCACUGCAAGAGGCACUUGGGCCACUGGCGGCCCCUGACGUGCGGCAUCCCGACAAAACACAACAAGUGAAAACACCCUCCCCCCCCCCAUCAUCAUCGAGCUAUGUCAAAAACCACCAACGGCUUCACAUUGUGUGACGGCCCUCGCACAACUGGUGAUGUCUUAUCUGGCGAAAGUGCCCCUUCUUAAAGUUAGUGAGCAGCACUGUCCCAGACGUACCCACAAAGUUACGUUAAAUUACAAAAAAAAUACUGAACUGAACACCAGCGUACAGCCGUAAACUUGAAUACAAAUUCUACAGGGUACAAUAAAAUACAAUAAACUAGAAACAAAAAUCAACAAAAUACCGUACGUAAAUAAUAUACUGUGCUCUACAGCACGGUAAAUGUAUGUGUUAGUGUACAGGGUAGGUGGAGGCGAGGGCUGAAAGGCGACGGAUAACGAGAAAGGUCGGACGAUGCCGUCAGCGACGUAAGUGUGGGGUUGAGGCGACGCAGAUGAGGCAGCGGUAUUCAGAUUGAAGUGACGACGUGUUUGCGAAACGACGUAGAAGGGGGAGUGACGUAAAUCGGGGUAUGACUAGAUAUAAUGCGUGGCGAGGAAGGGGAGAGGGGAGGGGAGAGGGAAGGGGAGAGGAAAGGGGAGAGGGAAGAAGGGGAGAGGGAAGAAGGGGAGAGGGAAGGGCAUGCCGUUAGGGACGAUGAGGAGGGCGUGGCUCAAGGUGAGCGGCAGGCAAAGAGGAGAGGGAGGAGGAGAAUGAGAUCGGGCCGUGUUGUUGGGGGAUGAUGAGAGGCUGAUGAUGAUGACAACGAGAGGGUGAUGAUGAUAGGGUGAUGAUGAUGAUAGGGUAAUGAUGACAGGGUGAUGAUGAUAACGAGAGGGUAAUGAUGAUAGGGUGAUGAUGAUGAUGAGAGGGUGAAGAUGAUGAUGAGAGGGUGAUGAUGAGAGGGUAAUGAUGAUAGGGCGAAGAUGAUGAUAGGGUGAUGAUGAUGAUGAGAGGGUGAUGAUGAUGACAGGGUGAUGAUGAGAGGAGAGGGAUGAGAGGGAAAAGCAGUGGUGAGCCGCACCGAGCGGCGUCUGUUUUCGUAGGGGGCAGCAGCGAGAGGGGAGGGAUCCAGAGUGGGCGUGGCCACGCAGAAGUCACGUGAUCAACGGGAGGUUUAAACUUACAUACUUUAGGACUAUUAGGAUUCAUUUUAAAUGUCUGCGGCUCUUAGAUCCAGGCUAAGGCACUUUUAAAGAUUAUUCGGGUCAAUUAUUGAUACCCGUGAGUUCAUAGGGCCAGACUAGGGCACCCUUAUAUAAUUAAUUAAUCGUAGGGUUCAUUGUUAAUCCCAGGUGUUCUUAAUUCCUGCCUACGGCACCUUCAUCCUUCUAAGACGGAGGUGUUGGACAAGUGGCUGCGACGUGGCCAUUAUGAACCCCCUGAGGUGACGCACAUCACGAGAGCGGCUGAAUCUGUUUCCAAUAAAAACGAAAUCGAAUAAAAAAACUAAACGCGCGCGGUGAUGAUGACGGUGGUGGUGAUAGCAGAGGCGGUGCUGGUGCGUGAUAGUGAAGAUGGUGCUCGUGAUGGUGGCGAUGGCGAUGGUGGUGGUAUCUUUGGUCCUGGUGUCAAAUCUUUUGUGUAGCGGUUAGCGCGCUGCACUACGAACGCGGCGACCCGAGUUUGAUUCCCCUCCACGGUCAACAUCAGUGACGAUUAAUUAUAAUUAAGAUAAUUAUCUGAACCGGUCCUGGGCCUCCCCGAGGUCAGCUCAGCCUCACACGAGUACCUGGUGGCGGUGUGGAAACAUCGCCACUUUCGUAGGUGAUCGCUAACAGCCCUUGCCCCUACAGUCUGUUAAAGUGCAGGUAGUGGUACUGGUGAUGGUAAUGGUGAUGCUGCUGCUGGUGGUGCUGCUGUUGUAGGCGAUUGGUGGUCGUGCUGGUGAUGGUGGUGCUGUUAUUGGUGAUGUAAUUAGUGGUCGUGCUGGUGAUGGUGCUGGUAGCGGUGAUGGUGGUACGUAUAUACUCUUUGGUUCUUUCGGUAAAGUCACGUAGGUAUAAAAUAAAAUAAAUCAAAUCACGACGUUUCGAUUGCAACACAAGCAAUCAUCAUCAUCAGGUGGGAAACCCACAGCAAGAAAAUGUUUUUGCAAUCGAAACGUCGUGACUUUACCGAAAGAACCAAAUCGUAUGGAUCCCUGCAGUCACGAAAACUUCAAGUUUAGAUUGGUGCGUGUAUCGCUGUGGCGCUGGUGGCCGCGCAUCUGAUAUAACUUUACUCCUCAUCACUCACUCACCCGAGCACUGCGCGUGCCACGUGCUCGCUACGACCCACGUGACUCGACACGACCCACGUGACCCACUCGGCGUCAGUCCUCGCCUUCUCCGCAAGGCGGAGCACGUGGGGCGCUCACAGCCAACUCCCCGCUCCCACAUCACCCGAUUCCCUCCCGUUAGUCUGCCGCUGCUCUCCCAUAGUCCUUACUUAACCGUGGGCUUCCUCACCACACCACUCCCUCACCACACCUCACCACACCUCACCACACCUGCCCCUCCCCCCACUUCACCAUAACUCUCUAACCCCCCCCAUAACCCGGACCCCCGUUCCCCUUUCAGUUUCAUUUUCAGUUUCAUUUAUUUGGUUUCGCCCUGUGAGCCAUUUGGCUCUUGAAUCAGGGGCAACCGUUCCUCACCAUCCCGCCACUCACCUCAACUCCCUCUCCUCUACCCUCUCUCCUAUCCCCUCCACACACCUCUCUCUCACUCCUUCUCUCCCACUCUACAAACCCCUCCCUCCUCCUCCUCCUCCACCCUCCCCCUCCAUCCUCACCUUAACGCUCUCCCUCCUACUUUCCGCCCUCCCCCCCUCCCCCCUACUCCACCUCCCCUCUCCCACCCUCACCUCUACCCCCCCCUCCUUUCCCCUCCCUAACACCUCCCCUCGCCCUUGGCCAUAGAAUCUGCUGACUCCGCUAGGGCGAUUUCCAUUCACAUGCAAAUGAUCCGGGAGGGGGUCGGAUGGCGAGGGGUGUGUAGGGGUGGUGGGGGCUAUAGGGGUGGCGGAACGCGGUGGGAUCGGAAUUGGAGGCGCAGAAUGCUGCAUUGUGGGUAACGUUUUCUAGAUUUGAAGCUUUCGUGACUGCAAGGAUUCAUACUCUUAGGUUUUUUUUUGCGUGACUUUACCGAAAAAACCUAAGAGUAUGUGGGUAACGUGUUCGUCAUCAAAAAGCAAUCUUACGUCCAAACUCAUGCUGCAUUGGUGUGGAUCAUUAUGGUUCAAAGCAAACGUAACCAGAAUUAAUUUCUGUGUCUCAUCAUCAUCAGGCAUGGUCAAUCCACUGCAGGAGGAAGGCUUCUCGUAGCCGUCGCCACCUCUUACAUAACGAGCGAUGUUAAUCCACCUUACAAAUAAAGUUUGUUUUAGACCAUCUGCCUAUUUAUUGUCUUUCCAGCAGCCUUUAAGGGGCCGUCCAUAAAUGACGUCACACGAUUUUGGACGAUUUUUUACCCCCCCCCCCCUCGUCACACGGCGUCA